AUGCGGUACGAUGCAUUACUCUUUUGACUGUUGCUAUGAAUUGGUUGUAGAAUUAUAUCGAGAGCUUGGGAGGUGGCUGGAACGCGAUACGAUGAUGCCAAGUUAGCAAAGAGAAGUGCUUCCAGCUUGCUGUCUGAUGGAGCCACUGCAGGUUCUCUCGAGCUGUGGAAUAUCCGAACAAGUGGAGAACCGCUUCAAGUGGCUUGGAUGGGAUUGUCCCAGAAGGCAAUUUUUUGCUGCUCGGAUGGGAAUGUUUAUGGUCGGCUUAUUGGAGAAAACCUGCUAUCAGGAAUCGUAAAGUCCGUCUGCCCUUUGUACUUCAGCAUUAGAGAAACCAACGAAGUGAUGUCAACGGAGCAGCCUUGUGAUUUAGCAUAUGAAUUCGGAGAUGGAAUGCUGAAUCUUCCAGAAUAUCCGCAAGAAUAUCCAAAACCAGCAAAACAUCCAUGGCCGUUUAACGAUCAAGUCGUGAUAUACAUACGCCACGUGGGUCCGGGAGUUAUGGUGGGGCAGGCAUGGCAAGAAGGUAGAUCUUUGCAACAAGUUCCCAAGAAGCUAUGCAGUGAGAUCUUGAUGGUUAAACAAGAAUGA